AGUCAUUAUCUAGUUCAUUAUCUAGUUUGCCUAAAGACUUCCAAAAUGGAUGAUGUGUAUGAAAGCUUGCCAAAUUUCAGCGUUUUAUGUGAUGAAGACAAUGACCGAGUGAUGAUUCCGUCUAUAUUUAGAGGCGUAAUGUCUGACAUGAGUGGCAGUGCUCAUGUGUAUAGGGGCCUAGACACUUCACAACAUUGGGGUGUGUUUGUAACUGAGGUGGAAGAAAAUGUCAAUAUGGUAACCUACAUUGAAAAUGGAUGGAAGGUAUUUGUAACGGACAACGAUAUCCAAUUUGAUGAUGAAUUAGUAAUUUACUAUGGUUUUUCUGGUAAGUUUAAUUGUCGUGUUAUAAGGGGUGGGGUUGAUAUCACAGUCGUUGAGGAGAACAUGAACAAUGAGAAUGACCACGGAGAUACCAUUGUUGUUGAUGAUAAUAAUUUAAUUGAAUUGGAGACUCGCAAACAACGAACCAAGCAAAGACUUGGUAGGAUGAUCUUUCAAUCUAGGAAGGUUGCCUUUGGUGUUACAUUAACAUCGACCUACAUUGAGCAUGGAAAUAUGAAUGUGCCGGUAAAAUUUGCUCGAGAAAAUUUUGUAGGCCUUGCCGAAACCAACCGCGUUACUUUGACUUAUAAAAUUAAGCGUUGGGACGCCGACCUACAUAUUGUGAAAGGAGAUACAAGAGGAGAAUUGAAGAUCGUGCUAGCCACUCUUAAAAGGAUUCGCCCUAUGAUGAGGCAAAUGAAGUUGAAACCAUGUCAUGGAAUUUUUUUUGCUUAUGAUCUUAACACCCCUGACUUGUUCGAAGUUCGAUUUGUUAAGGAUGGUUGAUGUUGCUAUCAUAACGUCAAAUUAUUAUGUCAUUUAUUAUAUUGAUUAUGUCAGUUAUUGAAGUCUUAAUUUCGUUAUCGUUUAUGUAUUGCAGCAUCCUAAUUUUAGAUUGUAAUGUUUGGGUCUAUUAGUUAUUUG